GUUGACACGAACUGAAGAUUUGCUGAAAAUGGCAUUAAAUGUCUUGAAAUGUCAUUUGUUUGUCAAUGCAAUCAAAUUGAAUGCCAAAAGUGUCGGUAGUGUUGGCAUCAGAUCUCACUUCAAGUUCAGUCGACAACAACUCAAACAACAGACGAGUGUUAUCUCAAAAAUGGUGAACAGAAACGAAGACCUCAUCACAAAACUGAUGCAAAACAGACCACAAAUCAUAUCAAAGGGUUCUCCCAAUAGAAGAAAUACCAGUAAUGAAGACAACAAGACUUCGCAUGAGAUCAAUGACAAAGUGAUGACCAGAAGAAUGAUUGUUUUGAACAAACAGUUAAUGCAAUCCAUUUCAGACAUUCUGUCGACCGAACCGAUCGGUCAAGAGUUGGAAGCGCUUAAAGUGCACAUCACUCAGGUUAGAGUCAAUAAACGGUGCGAUUCGGCGAAUGUCUUCUGGAUCUCCAAAAGUGACGAAACAGAAAGAGUGGCCAAAAUGUUGGAUCAAAUGAAGGGGCGAUUGAGACACCACGUGAUGGACAGGCAUUUGAUGCAUUCCGUGCCGUGGAUUCAGUUUGUUUUGGAUGUCACCGAAAAUCAUAGCUUAGAAGUGGACAGAGUUCUCAAGACAUGUGAUUUCGGACCCGACUUCAAGCCCUUCGACGAGACUAUGUUUGAGACGCCAUACGAAAGGGUCGGUCGAAAGGACGGAAAGAUAAUCACCAAUCAAUCGGAAGAGAGUAUCGAAAAUAUGGACGGAAUCUACGAAUACAUGAAACUUAAGAAACCAAAUGAUAUGCAAAUGAAUUGUUUGGGUCUUAACUAUGAGUUGAUUAUAAAUAUAGUGUUAUCUAAUCUGAAGAAAUCUCGGGCACAACACCGAUGUUUCAACGCUGUGGCCGACCCUUUGCCGCCACCCGACUGGUCAGAGCCCACACCAAACAGUGUCGGCAGUGAAUCCGAUGCUUUCUAUAACACCGAUGAGAGGAUUAAAAAACGUGUCUUUGAUUGUGAUAAUGGAUUCAUACCAUUGUCUUCGAUGUCCUCUACUUCUCAAAUGCACACCAAUUCACCGAAGAAGAAGAAUAGAGCCGAAGGUUAUGUCAUUUAUAACGAUAAAUAUCUGUAUUCCAGAGUUAAAGAGUUGUUGACCUCAACUGAAAUCUGUGACAACCAAACGAUUGUAAAUCAUUUGCAAAAGACUUUUCCCGAAUAUAAGCGUAAGAAGAAGUCAGCGCUUCUGAGAUGUGUUGACAAGGCUUUGGAAGUGCUUAACAAAGACUUGUCUACGAGUGAUGACAACGAAGACCACGAAAGUGUGGACUCUCUCGACGUUAUCCUUGAAUCGAGACCACCGGAAGAACCGAACUUAUUAAACAAAUCCAUGAAUGAUUUGUAUUCAAACAAAUCGAUGCAUUCAGUGAACAAUACGCCCAAAAAUAGUGAGAAUUUAAGGCAUAAUAAAGUGAGCGAAAGAACUGUAAGAAGUGCUACGAAUAGGAGGACAGAGACUGAGACCAACAGUAAAGCCGAUCGAAGUAUCGAUGUUUUGCUUACAAAACAAGUACAACUAAAAGAGCGCUUUUUGGUCGAACCGAAACUCACUUUCGACGACUUCGGAGGCAUCGAUGGAGUUGUGGUCGAAAUUAAGAAAUUGAUGUUUCAUUUAAGGCAUCCGACACUCUAUACGACGAUAGGCGUUGAGCCGCCGCGAGGUUUCCUAUUGCACGGCCCGCCCGGUGUCGGCAAGUCUGCGAUCGUAGAGGCGAUUGCCAACGAUCUGCACAUACCGUACCUGAGAUGCGGUGCCACCGAAAUAGUGGCCGGAAUUUCAGGCGAAAGCGAAGCCAAGAUUCGCGAACUCUUCAGUUUAGCUCAAAGUAUGAAACCGUGUAUUCUAUUCAUCGAUGAAAUCGAUUCAAUUACUCCUAAAAGAGACAACGCUUCCAAAGAAAUGGAGAGAAGAAUUGUCACACAAUUGUUGACAUCUUUGGAUGGUUUAGGGAACAGUGAUUCGGAGGGAGUGAUGGUUAUCGGCGCUACCAAUAGACCCGAUGCGAUAGAUCCGGCUCUGAGACGCGCCGGACGUUUUGAUCGUGAAAUAAGUUUAGGAAUUCCAGACAAAAAGGCCAGAAAUGAGAUCUUAAGAGUUCUUUGCAGGAAAGUUAAGUUAACCGAAGACUUUGACUUUGUAUCUCUCGCUCACAAGACUCCCGGCUAUGUCGGCGCUGAUCUCAAGAGUUUGAUCCGCGAAUCAGCCAUUAAUGCUUUGGAAAGGAUUUUAUUGCUUAAAGAGAUUGAUAUAAACUCUUCAUUUGAUAGCAAUUCUUUGAAUAUCGAAGACAUCACAUCCUUAUUGACUAUAGAAAUGAAUGACUUUGAGAUAGCGUUGAAACAGAUUCAGCCGUCAUCUAAACGCGAAGGCUUUGCAACGGUUCCGGACGUGACGUGGGAUGACGUCGGGGCUCUGGACUCGGUUCGCAAAGACUUACAAUUGUCAAUAUUAGCGCCCAUUAAAUACGAACACGACGUCAAAGCGUUAGGUCUGUCCACAUCUGUGGGUAUACUUCUGUGCGGACCACCCGGUUGUGGGAAAACCCUUUUGGCCAAAGCCAUCGCCAAUGAAUCGGGAAUUAACUUCAUAUCAGUGAAGGGACCGGAACUGCUCAACAUGUAUGUCGGAGAGUCAGAGCGUGCCGUCAGAUCCGUCUUCAUUAGGGCUCGUAAUUCUAGACCAUGUGUUGUAUUCUUUGAUGAAAUCGAUGCUCUCUGUCCUAAACGAAGUGAUUCCGAAUCAUCAAAUGCUUCGUCACGUGUUGUGAAUCAAUUGUUGACAGAAAUGGAUGGCUUAGAGUCGAGGAAUUGUUUCCUAUUGGCGGCCACUAAUAGACCAGACAUUAUAGAUCCGGCGAUCUUAAGGCCGGGAAGGUUUGAUAAAAUACUUUACGUCGGAUUUCCUUCAAACACAGAUCGCUUUGAGAUAUUAAAAACAUUAAGUAAAAACGGAACAAAACCACCGCUAAGUCCAGACGUAGACUUGGAAGCGGUGGCUAAAGAUAAACGACUCGAUGGCAUGACUGGUGCGGACUUGCAUUCAUUACUUCGUGAGUCGUGUUUGAGUGCUCUCUCCGAGAGAAUAUCCGGACAAAUAAAAAGUGAUGUUCCGAUUGUUGUUAACUCUCAUCACAUGGAGUCUGCCUUAAGUAAAGUCAAGCCGUCUGUCAAUGACUCGGAGAGACGGAUGUAUGAAAAAAUGCAUUCCAUUCAUGGACUCAAACACUAA